CAAAUUGAGGCAUGGGAACAGACCUUAGGAGGCUGGAAGCACUGCUCUUGUGCUCCUCUAAAUAUUAGAAUAGAGCAUUCGUGUGCAAGACCAUACAAUUUGGAUCUGCAGGUCCAGCAAACCAACAAAUGAUGGCGCACGCCGCUCAGGAAACUGGACCGAGCUCUUUAGCGGUUAAAAAAGGGUACAUAAAGGGAGGGCCGGCAGACGGGCUUCAGCACCCACUCACCGCACGACCCAGCAUAUAAUACUCCUCACUCCUCCAUGCUUUCAUCAGUCUCCGCUCAUAAAAACCAAGUAUUCGCUUCCCACACCCUCGUGCUUGUUCUCAACUUUGUGUUACAGUUUCAAUCCGAGGGUGCAGAUAUAGGAGCAUUUAAGCUGGUCGAAAGCCAUGGAUAGAUGUGCAUAUCUUCGCCAGCAUCUUCUCGAGUGCCCAUCACAGCAGCUGGAGAACAUCGAAGAGGAAGGCCCCUCCAUAUGCUGGCAUUCGUCAUCGCUGCGGGCUCCCGAGACUCCUACAGAGACCAUGGAGUUCCUCGCAAGGUCAUGGAGCCUAUCUGCCAUGGAGAUCUCGAAAGCCCUUGCGAUGCUCGAGAGUAAAGAUCCUUCGGACUCCCCCUCAUGCAUGGAGAAACCAAACCAUCGCUCCCCAGCUCGGCACUCAGCUGAGAACGUUCCAAGUGCACCCACGGUCACGGAAGACGAAAGUUCAGCAGAAAAACCGAAUGUUACGCCACAAGCGCCGACCGAAGCAGUUGGCAUCGGCCAUCCCAUUUCUCCACGAGAUCAUCAUAUCGAUCUCAAGCUUCUUAGAGGAUUGCCACCGCGAGGGAAAACGAUGGGUGGAUGGCUGAAGGAUCACAAGGAGAAGAGAAGGGCAGAAGCUCGAACCCGCAAUGCCGAAGUGUACGCCGCAACUUCGGUGGCAGGGGUAGCGGCUGCGGUUGCUGCUGUCGUAGCCAGCGCCGUCUUCUCGCCUGACGGGUCGAAGACCAGCUCUGGUUCAAAGAUUACUGCAGCCAUUGCUUCUGCUGCAGCACUGGUGGCAUCGCACUGCGUGGAGAUUGCUCGAGCAUUUGGGGCCAGUCAUGAGCAGAUCUUAGCCGUCAUCCACUCUGCCGUUACUGCACAAACUAGCGGAGAUGUCAUGGCGUUGACCGCUGGAGCUGCCACAGCCUUAAGGGGAGCAGCAACACUGAGGGCAAGGCUAUAUAAGGAAAUACAGAGUGCAGCAUUAGCAGGAGAAAAGAACGAAACAGAGGGAUCAGCUUUGACUUUCGUUUCCAGAGGGGGGGAUCUUCUUAAACGUACAAGAAAAGGUAUUCUUCAUUGGAAGCAAGUGUCAGCAUACAUAAACUCUAGUUGGCAGGUGAUUGUUAAGAUGAAAAGCACACAUAUGGCUGGAACCUUCGUGAAGAAGAAAAAGAGUAAGAUCAGUGUUGUUCUUGAUGUCUGCUCAAAUAUCCCAGCAUGGCCCGGCAGAGAAUUAGAAGAUAGCAGCCAUCAAAGAGCUUACUUCGGAGUCAAAACACCCGAAAGGAUAAUUGAAUUUGAAUGCAAAAACAAACAUGACCAACAGAUCUGGAUUGAAGGCAUACGCCUAAUGUUAAAUUGUCAUGCCAACAUGAAUGUAACCGUGUCAAUUUAAUAAGCAGCACCAGUACAAUAAACAUGAGUUGGAGCCAAA